AUGCGUCUCUACUCAAUCGCCUUCCUCGUUGCCGUUGCUCUUCUCGCAAAGGUGGACCGGGCCACCCCCUCGGAGCUCACCACCGCCGACUACCCGACUCUUACUCAUUCCAUCACCGGCCGCCAGAACGAUGUGACUCCUCGGUUGUUGAGACGUAUGGAGGAGGACGACGAAGAGAGAGGCAUCGGGGGCACCGCGAUCUCAGAUCUUGCGGCCAAGUUAAAGAGCCGCACCUCGAGUCUUGUCGAUAAAGCGGUCAACUUAAAGGCGCGUGAGAUGAAAGCGGCGAGAGCCAUGCGAUUCGGUGAAAUCGACGACACGUUGGCAAGCUCGAACAUCAACAAUUUGAUCACAAAACUCAAAGAAAUUAACGACAAGAAUCGUUUGGUAAAGGUGUCGCUGCUUGGCACACUCACGACCAAGUACGGAGAUGAUGCUGUGGCGGCGGCGCUCGUGACCGCUAAGAGAAGUGCGGACUCCCCGUCAGUCGCUCAGCAGAUCCAAAAACUGCAAACUGAGCAGCUGAUGAAAUGGAAGGACAGCGGAAAGUCCCUUGGUAGCGUUUCCAAGCUUCUGAACUUUCGCUACAACAGGGGACUCGGCCAGAAAUUCCAGGUUCUUGACGAAUACGCCAAGCUCGUCAAACAGUCCGACGAUACCCUGCUUACCACCUUGAUCAAAAGUGUGGGAGGUGAGGAUAACUUGGGCGGUGUCUUGUACGGCGCUAGGACCAACUCCGCUGCGACGAAAAACAAGGCCACUAAACUGGAGAAUAUUCUUAUCGAGAGGUGGACGCGAGGUGAACAGUUGCCGGCUAACGUUUUUCAAUGGCUUCGACUCUCUGGAGACGUCGAUGACGCGUUUACUGCAAGCAACCUGAACAGGUUCAUGAAGUACGUCGACGACUUCAACGCUAAAAAUCCCGGCCAGAAAAAGCCUGUGCUUAAGCUCUACACGCAGGCUUUUGGAGACGCUCCUGUGAUGAGGAAGUUGCUUUCUGCCAUGGACGACUCGACCACGAAUGUGGCCGCGAAGAAACUGCUGGUGGAGCGUGGGGUUCAGAAGGACAACCAGUCACUUGGUAGUAUGCUCAGGGCCCUAAACAUUGAUAUUAACCAGCCCACAUCGAUUGUCAACCAGAAGAUUGACGUGCUGGAACAGCUCGCUGAGGUGAAGGAAGUACGUCAAGUUUUCAUAAAGGCGAUGUCUACGCAGGUUGGUGGUAACAAGAUGCUUGCCAAGAUUCUGGAGGGGGCAGAAGCUGCCACGCUGCAGAAGAAACAAUUUGCCACGUGGAUUGGUGAAGGUGUCACGCCGGAAAACUUUUGGAAGAUGAUAUACAAGACGGAAACUGCCUCGAAUCCCGUUGAGGAGAAGAUUAUGGCCAAGUUUACGGCGUUCUACCAGAGUCAAAAGCCGGGAAACUGA